AUGGGUCGGGUUCGCACAAAGACGGUCAAGAGGGCCUCAAGAGUGGUCAUCGAGAAGUACUACCCUCGCCUGACGCUCGACUUUCACACGAACAAGAAGAUCUGUGAUGAGGUUGCCAUCAUCCCCAGCAAGCGACUGCGCAACAAGAUCGCGGGCUUCACCACUCAUCUGAUGAAGCGUAUCCAGAAGGGACCCGUCCGUGGUAUCUCUUUCAAGCUGCAAGAAGAGGAGAGAGAACGCAAGGACAAUUACGUACCAGAGGUCUCUGCACUCGACACUACCGCUUCUGGUCUUGAGGUCGACCCCGACACUCAGGAUCUGCUCAAGUCGCUUGGCAUGGACAACAUCCAAGUCUACGUCGCUGCACCCGUCCAGGAGAACAACCGAAGAGGAGCUCGCACUGUCGUUGGUGGCCGCAAGCGCGAGGACUAG